AUGACGGAAAAGUAUCCAACCGGCACACGCACCGAGAGCGAGCGUCUCGUCCGCGAGUGGGGUUUUCGACAUAUCUUCACCUGGACAGAUCAAAGCAACGCCCAUUAUUCCCCGCACUCGCACAGCGGUCUAACAACACACCUUAUCCGCCGUGGAUCUCUCACAAUCACUUAUCCCGAUGACAAUGCUAAAUUGUAUAAUGGGGAAGUGAAAAAGGAGACUUUUGGAGCUGGAGAGAGGGUUGAUGUUCCUGCUGGAAAAGUCCACGAAGUUUGGAUUGGGAGUGAGGGAUGUGAGUAUGUGAUCGGAGAGUAG